UAUUUGAAACUGAUACGGUGGUAUCCAGCCGCGGCCAAAGCCUUCCACUAGAACAUGGUUGCCCCAUUUCAACUUGGUGAAGACCUAUUUGAUAGAACUUGGACAUAUCGAGGGAACUGUACAGUAUCUACAACUGAGAGCGUGACGGGUAUCGUAGGGUCGAACACGUCACGGCCCGGCAGUACGCACGCUCGCGACUACGCCAGUCAGUAGCCCCAGUCAGGCGUAGCCACGCCACCUGAGCACACGGCUCCACGCGCUAAACAAAAUGGAGCUCCGACAGAACUCCAUCCUACGGAUAAGCGACGGCAACACCAUGGAUUUGAUAGACUUGUACGAGAAGGAACAAUGUCUUUGGAACACCGCCAUCGAGGAAUACAAGAGCCGACCUAAGCGAUGCGAGGCGGCGAUAAGAAUAGCGGAGAAACUAAAUAUACCACAUUUCACGUCGCGUUACGUCAUCAUCAAGUUCAAAAACCUGAGGAACUCGUAUUGCCAGGAGCUGAAGAAGAUUGCGAACAGCAUCAAGGCGGGGGACUGCCCUGCUUACAAGCCCAAGGUGUUUUGGUUUAACAAAAUGGACUCGUUCUUGCGACCCCAUCUGCAGCAUCAGUCGCGAGAUCUCAGAUAUUUACAUUCGUAUAACACCGACGAACUUUCGAUAAAGUCAGAACCGCAAGUCACUGAAGAAUCUGUCCAUGAAGAAGUUUACAUCGACGAACCAAAUUAUUCAAGCGACAGCGAAGAAUUCUACGAAGACGAACUUCUCAAGAAACGUUCCCGGAAUUCCUCAACGGCUUCGAAAAGACCCAGACUUGAGGAGUCCCAUGAGAAUGACUUUUCUCAUGGGACGAGGGACAUUUCCUCACAACUGCCAAUGAAGAAUCAGAAGGAGGACUGCUAUGAUUCCUUCGGGAAGUACGUGUCCGCUUUGCUGAGUAAUAUGUCAGUACGUACAGCCUUGGAGGUGCAGUCGCAGAUCGUUAGCUUAAUGGUGUCAGCGACGUUGAAUGAAAGCGAGGGGAACGAGUAAUAUAACUAUAUAUAAUAUACUAUAUAGUGCACAAAGAAUUAAGAAAAUACAGAACCCUCAUUUAGCCAUCAUUGCAUGCAUUGUGACCAAAAAUAGUGAAAACGUCCCGCGCACGUCAGUCUUAACAGCCGCAGAAUAUUGGUAGCUUACAUACUUUGCCCAUGUUCCCAGUUUUUAUGGUUAACGCUUACAACAUUAGAGGUAAAAUAAUUACUGUUAAAUGCUAAAUUGCCCGGCUAAGUUUGUUGUGGG